UCAGAAAGCGAAAAUAAAAAAGCAAUUGACUGACCUGUGUGUGUUUCUGUUGUAGGUUUUUAUAGUUGUGAUACCCCCAUACACCUCCUAAAUGGAGUCCUCGAUACCGCCCCGUUCACGCACAUCCCGUCGGUCUCGCCCCUCGCUCGCAGCUUUCACAGACAGCGGAUACGAACCCUCACGGCCGUCGACCUUCUCGAAGGGCAAGAGCUCGCUCACACGACCACACUCGACGCGCCAUGCGGAUGGCUCGGCGCCUGCGCCGCGAAGAGGAAGCCUCUUUGGCGACUUGUUCACCGAUCCCGCAGCGGCGAGCAAUAUGUUCCCUUCCUUCCGAGGAGCGAAGGGUAACACCAUGAAGAACCGGACGGCGUACCCGUUUCCGAUGGACAGUGCCGAGGCGGCAUCCGUGAAUGGCGGCGGGACCAUAGUUGGCCCGCCCCAUGGAACUAUCACGGCUGCUGCGCACAGUACUAGUGGUGGAGGUACGAGCGGUUCCGGAACGGUCUCUAAGAGUGGCUCGUCGGCGUAUCCGCGCACAAACACUAUUUCGCGCAGCGCAACCAUCAGCUCCGCCUGGAGCGGCGUCAGCAAUCGCUUGUUUAUGGAGUCGAUCAUGGGCACUGGAAACGAACGUGAGGCGAAUGAGUUCACCCAGCAGUUUGACAAGUUGGCGAAGAAGCAUGGGAUUCAGCCGUUUCCGAAAGACUUCAAGGCCGAUCCCACGUCCGUGUCCGUGUCCAGUGCGUCGCAGAAUGUCAGCUCCGGGGAAUCGACGCCGCCGACGAUGAGGGGGAAUAAGCUGUGGAAUAGGUUGCUGCGACGGACGCCGUCGUCGAUGGAUGUGUCGAAGCUCCAUGGAAACAUGAAGCUGACCCUUUCGAGGAGGAGAAACAACGAAGUUAGCGACUUGGCGGCGAUUGGAAAGGGGAAGCGAGACUCGCUAAAGGGAAUGCAUCUCGAAGAUAUGAUUCGGCUGGGUGGAGUGGCGAUUCUCAAUUUGCCGCUUGGACUUUCGCCUGGAGACUUGCUCAUUCCUACUUGCAUUCAUGCGGCAGCGUCUUUUCUGUUGAACAACGGCCUGAGAACUCCUGGUAUCUUCAGGAUCUCGGGGAAUGUGAACACAGUGUACGCGCUGUACGACCACUAUCAGAAACAGUUGGAAGAGAAUAACAAUGGAGCUGUCGUUGCAACUACCGCCCUCGCAAGACUGCCUAGCCACAUUAACUACUCGAUCCACGAUGUCGCGCACCUCUUCAGAAAGCUUCUGCACGGACUGCCUGGCGGACUUCUAGGAUCCCCUGCGGUUUUCCAGGCCUUGUACAAUAUUCACCGCUUCGUUUACCCCGACCCUUCGCUCGGCGAUGACAUAACUAAAAACGUCAAACCACGCAUGGUCGCCCUUGCUAUUUCGUCCAUCAACCUCCACUUCCGCAUCUCGCUCAUCUGCGCUGUGUUCGGGCUUUUGCGGGCUAUCAGCUUGGCGUCGGAUCAAGAUGUGGCUUCCAAAGUCAGGGACCCGCAUGAGAUAUUCGCACAAUUGAAGGAUGAUGCCCUGGGCAUAGUUUUCGGACCGCUGCUUCUGGGCGACAAGUCGGACCACAUCCUUACCGAGGAUCUGGAGGAUCGCGGUGGUCUCUUGGUGCUUGCGUCUGUCGGACCGAGUGCGAAGAAUAGCUCGAGACUAGGAAAGGGCAGCAGUAGGUCCAGAGGGUUUGACCUCGGAUAUAGCAAGAAACAGCUCGAAAAAACGAAGCGUGCGGCGAUGGUUUGCCAGAUGCUUAUCGACAACUGGGAAGACAUCUGCUACCAGAUGAAGCGGAUCAAUACGCUUGGUGCUACAGCACAGGCGUACGAUCUUCCGGCCGACGCGCAGUCCCAGGCGGAUUUCAAGUACAUGUAUGAGGACCCGAACAGAUCCAUCCGCGCAGAAUCGAAGCGGUCUCCCCAGGGCUUGGAGCGAAGCCAGAAAGGUACCGUGAGAAGCAGCACCCGGCGAGGCAGUCGCACUUCUUUCCAGGAGCGCACUUCCUUCCAUGAGCGCACGUCCUUCCAUGAACGCAAUUCCUUUCACGAGCAGCCCGGAGUCGAGUACCAAAACCGCCUCAGUGCAGGCCGCAUCCCGGAUCUCUCGUUCACCACUCCGUACUUUAACGGAUCGCAGUCCGCGCUGCCAGAUUUGAUGCACUUCUCGACUUCUCCCUCCGAGAAUGGCGACAAUGACGAUGCACCGGUUCAAGGCCCCUUCAUGGUUGAAAGGACUUUCCGGACCGAGAUGCCACCGAUAGUUGAGAUGCCGCCGGUUCGACCCCUCGAUAUGACGCCGCUUCGUGCACUGCAGCACCCUACCGAGACGGGAUCUCCCGAGGCCUCGCCCAAUUGGAGGGUUCUCGACGCUCCCGAGCCCAUCCCUACUCCCAUCUGCAAGACUCCUACCACCGAGGGAGCGCUCAACUGGAAUACUGCCCAGGAAACACCCAACUGGAAAGCUCUCUCAACGACCGAAGAGACACCGAACUGGAAAGCCCUUACGUCACCCGAAGAUACGCCUAACUGGAAUGCCGUUGCGUCGCCGUCCGGGACACCUAACUGGAAAGCCCUCACUUCGCCCACAGAUACGCCUAACUGGAAAGCCUUCGGCACGGAUGAGACGCCAAACUGGCAACAGCUUGCCCCCUCCCCACCCGGAACGCCAGUGCAGCGGUAUCAAGUCAAGUACAGGGAGCCUGCCAUGCACGCAGAGGUAUCGCAGCAGUUUCCCGCAGAGCUCCAGCGCUCAGCAUCCCAGGUGUCUGGUGGCUCUGUCGGCUCUAGGAGAUCGAUGUCGUUGGGCUCUCAGGGAGGACACAUUGAGUUGUUCGGAGCCGCCACGCCGCCAAUGGAAAUGACCCCGCAAGCAGCAAUUAGACCCUACCACCGCGGGCCGAUAGUAUUGGCACCCGCAUUUGAGGAGUCGCCGCCAUCGCCCGCUCCUUCCACUGUGGAUGAAGAUCAAGAUUCGGUAAGCGCGCCAGAAAUGCUGGGUCAUUUGGACCGCAGGACGACGUUUGGACGUAGAGUGAUCUCGCCCGUCCCGGAGAUGUCUCCGCCGCAAGAUAUUAUGGCUGGCGUGGUGGAGGAAGACCAGCGUCCCAUCACGCCUAAGCCCCUUAGCUUUAAAAAGAAGGCAAGGGGAUCCUCAUUCUCCAUCUUUGAGGAUAAGGACAAAACUCCUGACAAGAACCUCAAGGCCCGGACCGGAUCGAUUGAGAGCCCGGCGUUGACCUUGACCAAGCCCAAUUCUCAGGGCGAGAUCAAGCUCAACAUCAAAGGCGCCAAGCCAUUGCCGACUGCACGAGCAUCCCCCGAUUCCGACUCGCUAUCGAGGCCGCUCGGUGUGCCACUGCAACCCUCCACGCCCAACCGAAAUCCGCGCGUAACAUCCCUCGAAGCAGACUUAGAGGAUCGAUUCCUAUUCGACAUCGAAGGCGAGACGCCCUCGCCGCGGAAGCUGCGCGGAAACUCGGCGCUGUAUGCGGAGAUAAGACGGCUGCAGAAGCUCGUCGACGCCAAGAACGAGGAGGCGCUGCAGACGCGUCGCGAACUCGAGCUCGCAAAGAGUAUGGCCAGCGCUAGUACCCUCAGCCAGCUCGUGCGCGAGACACAAGAGGAGUUGAAAGUCUGGCGCAACCGCGCUGAGUGGGCCGAGAAGCAGCUUCGCGAGCGAGGGAUGAAGCCUCGGCAGGUCAGCGUUGCCGGCGGGGCUACAUCUGGUGGCACGUUUUCUAGGGGCCAUGCACACCGGUACAGCAUGAGUUGAGCGACGGGUGAAAAAGUAGGCGUUUGUGUGUGUUUUUUUUUUAUAUUGCGUCUUGAUUGAUAUCGAUGGUUUGUUUUUGUGUGCGUUUUUUUCGCGUCGUCAUUUUUUUUCCCUACUCUUCCGGCGUCGUCGGGGCCUUUUUGAUAUCAUUAUUGCAUAGCAGCAGCCAGUCUUCAUUCUUAUUCAUUCAUUUUUUUUAUCCUUUUAUCCUUCUCUUCUUCUUUUACACUUCG